ACAACUGGACCACGCAGCUCACUGGCUAAGCAGAUUAAAUAGGAUUUACUGCUCCGCUUGUCUCGUCAGUAGCAGUCUCAGUCUUACAGCAACAGGUUGGUCUGUACAGACCGGUGUGACUAAAAGCUUGAUGGAGAAAGUUAUUUAUCCUCGAUAGGACUUAAGCCAUAUGCUACAUCCUUUCUUCAAUCAAGGAUUUUGCAUCGAACUGCCAAACAUGCGGCAAUAAAAUGCCCCACAAUGGUGACAUAUGUCAUAUGGUCAGUGGUUGCCUGGACUCUGAAGGGCUUGCUUUUCACUUGGAGGUUCUUCUGGGUAAACCCAUACUAUGCUAUCAAGUCUACACCAUGGAUACAGCAUGAAACUGCAGAAACGGGGAAGAUGUACAAGCAGAGGAGGACCCAGCAUGAGCGCAGCAGUGCCGUUCACAAGAGGCUACUGAGAGCAGAGGGGGAGAUUCAGGAUCUGAAGGCUCAGAUCGCCAGUCAGAGGGCAUCAUGGGAGAUGAGGUUCAUGGACCUGCAGAGGAAACAGCAUGACUUGAGAGAUCAGCUGCACUCUGAGAUUGUGGUUAGGUCGAGUGCCUUCCACAAAGUAACUGACUCUGAAGAAAUGAGCGAGGUCUUCUCAGAGCCUGGCAUGGAGAAUGGACACCAUUUAGAGGAGAAGGAACACGACUGCUCCAGUGGCCUGAACCAAAUUCAACAGCUCAACAGAGGGCCGGAUAUGAGAUUACUGCGAGAUGGUGUUUACUCAAACAGUCUGACCUGCGGUCAAGGCACUUUUCCCACUGCUGUUGACUCCAGAUCCACCUCAGCCAUGUCUGUCAGCACUAGUGCUGGCUCAUGGAGAAGUGGGAUUGGCCCCCAUCGUGUCUUUGUGCCCCAUUCUCCAAUGGACCUGCAGCCUGGCCACAGGGUGCGAAUUAUGCUGCCCUCUGGUCGAAUCAGCACCGGAACACUGCGUUAUCUGGGCCCGCUGCAGGGUUUACCAGAGAUGCACUUGGGUGUGGAACUGGAGCUGGCUGAGAAUGGACAGCAAACAGGCACCUAUGAGGGACAGUUCUACUUUGACUGCAAACCUGGAUAUGGAGCAUUUGUGGCAUUCAGCAAGCUGUUAAUGGCCUGGGAGUAGACCUAUCAAAGAGUUAGAGGCGCAUAAACAGUAAUCAGUAUCUUCAUUCCCCUUAUUAAAGGAGCUGAUGACUUUGGACUUUGUUGAAAUGUAAAUUAUCUUGCGGAGCAUGUGAAGGCAUACUGAAAACUUGUUUUCUGAUAUAAAACAUGUUUUACAUCAAUAAAACUCCAAUUAAUACUGUAAGUAACCUAACAAUAAACAUACUGUUGUAUAAUU